AUGACUACAAAAACGGAGCGGGCGUCCACCUACACCGCUGGGUCUGGUGACGCCGACGCUCGAAAUGGCGAGCCAAAGAGGAACCUGUGGACAUCGAUGCUGGAAUCGGUCGCGAGCGGCAAGCGCCUGCCAGAGAAGAACCUCUUGGUAUUAGGUGGCAGCACGGACGCGCAGAGAGACUUUCUCGAAUCGCUUUCGGCCGACGAAGAGGGCCGCAAUUCCGACCGACAAAAGACUCCUCCAAUCGCCAACAACUUCGCACUAGGUUACACAUACUACGAUGUGCUGGACACAGAUCAAGACGAUACCCUCGCUCGUGUAUCGCUCUACCUUCUUUCGCAACCUUCGGGCGAGUUCGCCUCGCUAGUCUCGCCGCUUCUCACCCCCGAGACGAUACCGAAUACGGCCCUCGUCAUCCUGCUGGACUGGGCGCAGCCCCAUCUCUGGCUGAGACAAAUCUGGAGCUGGAUCCAGGUGCUGGAGGAGGUCAUGGGGCACACGUCGCCAGAGGCGCGCAGUGAGAUGGAAGAAACAAUGUCGUCUUGGAGGGAGCGCGGCCGUGGCGGCAGUUCGACAAAUCUCGACGGUACCCCAUCUGCGACAGCGGCUGACAGCGACGGCUCUUUGCCUCUGGGGCCUGGAGAAUGGACUGAACCUCUGGGAGUACCUAUAUGCGUUGUCUGCCAAAAUGCCCAGAAGAUCGACUUUCUAGAAAGAAAUCAAGGCUGGAAAGAGCCCGAUUUUGACACAGUGCUUCAAUACCUAAGGACUGUCCUGCUGCGCCAUGGCGGCUCACUCAUCUACACAAGCCAAAACACCCCUUCUCAACUUCCUUCCCUCAUCCACUCAACGCUUGGCAUCACAUCAUUACUCAAACGUCAACCAUUAAAACACAACGUCAUCGACCGGGACAAGAUUGUCGUACCACCAAACUGGGAUUCCUGGGGCAAAAUUCGCGUGCUUGGUGGCAGCUUUGACACAGAAGUAGCUUCCAAAGGCUGGUCCGAGGACAUCAAACUCCCACUCGGCUCGACGCCACAGAGCCUUGAAGCUCUCGAGGAGGCCAGAGCCGAGGCCACCGAGACGGGCAAGUACGUGCAAGAGGACAGCGCCAUCGCGCGCUACGAGGACUGGUGCCGCGACCCGAACAGCGGCGGUAUGGCGGUCGUCGAGAGCGCCAUGGGUCGCGGCUCUGCCGUCGGCGUGGACAGCGAGGACACGCAAGAGUUCCUCGAGCGGCAGCUCAAGAUCCUCGAGGCCGUCAAGGCCAAGGCGCCGGAGAAGCUCCCCGACAACAACGUCUCCAGCAUCGCCAGACGGGGCGGCGACUUUGCCGACGAGAAGACGGUUAGCGAGCACAUUGGCCCCGUGCAGUUCAACAUGGGCGGUAUCCAGGUCGACGCCGAUGAUAUGCUGCAACGACUCAAGGACCGCAACACCAACAAUGCUUCUGACGACGAGGACGGCGCCGAGGAAGAGGAGGAGGCGCCCGCGCCCAACAUCACCAAGGAGUACGACAACGAACAACUGCACGACUUUUUCAGUGGUCUCCUGAAUCGCACCGGCGGUGCGGCCGAGCCGCCUCGGUGA